CAUAAGGUUUCUAGUUCACAAACCAACCUUACAUAUUUCCCUAUACAAAGAAAAGAAAACUCAACUCCCACAACCCCAAUAAUAAAGAAGCCGAGCAACACAGGAGUUACACCUAAUGGCGACUUCACCAGCAUUGAUGAAAUCCGAUUCAAUAGCAGAUAACAUGCCAGAAGCAUUAAGGGAGAGAAGGUACCUAAUGAAGAAGUGUUUUGCACGGUAUCUGCAGCAGGGGAAACGGUUGAUGAAGCUCCAUCAUCUUAUGGACGAGCUUGAGAAAUCCAUAGAUGAUCAUGUCGAUAGAACUCAAGUCUUAGAAGGCACACUUGGCUACAUACUGUGCUCUACCCAGGAAGCGGCUGUUGUUCCUCCUCAUGUUGCCUUCGCAGUAAGACCCAGUCCCGGCUAUUGGGAAUACGUUAAAGUAAAUGCUCACGAUCUCACAGUUGAAGGCAUUAAUGCAACGGAGUACCUGAAAUUCAAAGAGACUAUAUAUGACGAGAACUGGGCUAAAGAUGAAAAUGCACUAGAGGUGGACUUUGGGGCACUUGAACACUCUACCCCACACCUUACCCUGUCUUCUUCCAUAGGAAAUGGAGUGAAUUUCAUAUCGAAGUUCUUGAGUUCAAAACUAUGGGCAGAUAAGGAAGCUACAAAACCUCUUGUGGAACACCUGCUCUUAUUAAAACACCACGAUGACAAACUAAUGAUCAAUGAGACACUGAACACGCCAGCAAAGCUCCAGGCAGCAUUGGUUGUAGCUGACGUGUUUCUUUCAUCACUUUCACCCGACACACCAUUUCACAACUUCGAGUUGAGAUUCAAGGAGUGGGGUUUUGAGAAAGGAUGGGGUGAUACCGCAGCAAGAGUUAAAGAGUUCAUGCGUUCUCUCUCUGAGGUGCUCCAGGCACCAGACCCAGUGAGCGUGGAGAAAUUCUUUGGCAGGCUUCCAACGAUCUUCAAUGUUGUGAUAUUCUCUGUACACGGUUACUUUGGCCAAGCAAAUGUUCUUGGCUUGCCAGAUACUGGGGGACAGGUGGUAUAUAUUCUGGAUCAAGUCAGAGCACUGGAAGAGGAAUUACUCAUCCGAUACAAGAAUCAAGGGCUUAAUGUAAAGCCCCAAAUUCUAGUGGUUACCAGGCUAAUUCCAGAUUCUCAAGGAACCAAGUGCAAUCAAGAACUGGAAUCAAUUGAGGGCACCAAGUACUCCAACAUUUUACGCGUUCCUUUUAAGACAGAAAAUGGGAUCCUCCGCCAGUGGGUCUCUCGAUUUGAUAUAUAUCCAUACCUUGAGAGGUUUACCCAGGACGCCACAGCCAAAAUCCUUGAGCUUAUGGAAGGAAAGCCGGACAUUAUAAUUGGAAAUUAUACAGACGGAAAUCUAGUUGCAUCACUCAUGGCAAACAAGCUUGGAGUAACACUGGCCACAAUAGCACAUGCCUUAGAAAAGACAAAGUAUGAAGAUUCAGAUGUCAGCUGGAGACAGAAGGAUCCGAAGUACCAUUUUUCAUGUCAGUUCACAGCAGAUAUCAUUGCAAUGAACUCGGCAGAUUUCAUCAUCACAAGCACAUAUCAAGAAAUUGCAGGAAGCAAAGAUAGACCUGGCCAGUAUGAAAGCCAUGCAGCAUACACUCUUCCAGGACUAUAUCGGGUGGUUUCAGGCAUCAAUGUUUUUGAUCCAAAAUUUAACAUUACCGCACCUGGGGCCGACCAAACUGUCUACUUUCCAUUUACAGAAGCACAGAGACGGUUCACGCACUUUCAUCCAGCUAUUCAAGAGUUACUGUAUAAUGAUAAGGAUAAUGAUGAGCAUGUAGGAUUUCUAGAAGACAAGAAGAAACCCAUCAUUUUCUCCAUGGCAAGGCUGGAUACCGUGAAAAACAUUAGUGGAUUGGUUGAGUGGUAUGGCAAGAAUGACAGACUCAGGAGUUUUGUCAACCUUGUUGUUGUGGCAGGCUUCUUUGAUCCCUCUAAAUCAAAGGAUAGAGAAGAAAUGGCUGAAAUAAGAAAGAUGCACACAUUGAUGGAAAAGUACAGAUUAAAGGGUCAGUUUAGAUGGAUUGCUGCCCAGACUGACAAAUACAGAAAUGGGGAGCUGUAUCGCUGCAUUGCUGAUACACGAGGUGCUUUUGUGCAACCUGCGCUAUACGAAGCAUUUGGUCUUACAGUCAUUGAAGCAAUGAAUUGUGGAUUACCCACUUUUGCUACCAAUCAAGGUGGACCAGCGGAGAUUAUUGUUGAUGGAGUCUCUGGCUUUCAUAUCGAUCCCCUCAAUGGAGAUGAAUCAAGCAACAAAAUUGCUGACUUCUUCCAGAGGUGCAAAGAUGAUGAUGAACAGUGGAAUCUUGUCUCAGCAGCUAGUUUGCAACGAAUAUAUGAAUGCUACACAUGGAAGAUCUAUGCGAACAAACUGUUGAAUAUGGGCAGCAUGUAUUCUUUCUGGAAAAUGCUAAACAAAGCUGAGAAGCAAGCAAAGCAAAGAUACGUCAACAUGUUCUACAAUCUCAAAUAUAGGAACCUGGUCAAAACUGUGCCUAUCCCUAGCUUUGAAGUUCCAAAGCCAGUACCAAAGACAACACAACAGGCGUCAGCCAACUCGGAUACAGAGGUGGUUCGGGGCUUAAUUCUACGCGCAAAAAAGUUCGGGAUUUCCCCAUCCAACACAGUGACCUCGAGACUGCUCGUCAUUCCUCUCCUCCUCCUUUCAUUCUUUUUAAUGCGUUGGACCUAUUUCUCAACAUACCAUAGUCAAAAGGCAUUGACUAGUCAAUAAGACAACGACAAUGUUCUUGUAAAUAAUCUGUAAAGCAAUUCCAAAAGAGAAAUGUCUCUCAACUUUGGGAUCAAGCAACAUGUUUUAUACUUCAGAAAGUAAUUUACUGUACGCAUGAGAAGAUUAUACUUCGACUACUACUUGGAAAAUAAGGAAAAUCAUUUUAUCUUCGUAUUCU